GCAAGUGCUGCCAAGAGAACUUGUGAGUGCACUCAGCUUCAGAGCCAUGAAGGUCCUCAGUUUGCUUGUCCUUGUGGUUUUCACUGGUGAGUAUGAUGGAAAUAAGACGAAAAUGUUAGGAUGCAUGAAAUCUUUCUAAAAUUAAAAUUGAAACGGUUGAAUAUCUCAUUAAUUUGAAUGUACUUGUGCUUAUGUAACAGGCUGUCAAGCCAGCCCUUUCCAUGCCAAUCAACCCACAUCUCAUAUGGACACGCUGAUUCAUUCAUACUCAGACUUUAAGAAGAUAGUGAUAGGGACAAUUAAGGACAUUGCUAAGCUGCUGCUGGAGACCGAGACUGGACAGGAUCUGAGGUAAGUCAUACCACAAAACCUACAGUGACACAUUUAAAGACUUUAAAGACAUGCUGUCCUUUUCAUGAAAGCUAAAAAUAUUAACAUCUAUUUCUCCUUGUUUAUCCUCCUGUUUAGUGCCCGUUUUAUAGAAGGCAGAGAUGUGGUCAACACUAAUAUGAAAGAGGUCCAGAAACAUAUCCCUAGAAGAGUACACCAUGUAAUGGGUGGAUUCGGCAUGGGUAUUUACGGCCUUGCAGUGACUGUGGAGGAAUGGACAACCAAGACCAAGAGAAAGCUCGAGCCCUUAGCUGAGAGGAUGUCUCCUGUGACGGAGAAGGUAGCAGUUCAGUUGAUACAGGGAGCUCAGCAGGUGAGGGAUGUGGUCCCCCCCUUGGUUCAAAGACUGGUGGAAAAAGUGGGUCUAUUUUCCCAGCAGGUCCAGGCUCGUUAUGACAACUUCAUUGAGAAAUUUACAACCAACUGAGUUGACGUCCAGCUGAAGCAAGAGAAGUAAAAUGCCUCAUCCGCUGUUUUAAAAAUGUGUGACAAUCCAGCAUUUAUGAACAAUAAUACAUGUUCAAAAUCUCCUGCAACACUUUGUAAUUGAAUAUAAGUGUGAGUCUGUGACCACACACUGUGUCCUUUUCUUGUUUCAUGGGAAUAAAUGAAAAGAAAAACAAA